UUUCUCACUAUAGACAUAAAAUGAAUAUAAAGCCAAAACCGUUAAUGAUUUGCUUAUUAUACAUUCCAAUAUUCUUAUUCUCCUCUAAAACUUGUGGCCAAAUUGAUAUUCUAUAUAAAAAUUAUCCCAAUAAUCAAACUAAUGAUGGGUCAAUAGAAACGAUCGGAAAUAUUCGUAAAAGAUACGUGCCUAAAGAUCCUCCGAACAUCUAUUCACCACCCAUUCCAUUCAACCCUGGUCCAGGAAACUAUGGUGGAACUGUUUAUGACAUUAUUGCCAAUGAUCCUGAAUUAUCUAAGUUUAAAGCGUACGUCGACUACGAAGGAAUAUUAAAAGAUUUUAAUGACCCUUACAUUCAGUAUACUGUAAUAGCGCCCACGAAUCAAGCCUUCGCAAUAGCCCUCAGAUUCUGGCCAAAUCUCAGGGUCGACAACUAUUUCCUCAAAUAUCACAUAAUCAAGAGGGUUUUAACAAAAGAAAAUAUUUUAAGUUCUGGAAAUCGGUCUUACGAGACAUUCGGAUGGGGUAAAGUUUGGGUAAACGUAGCCCCCAAAUACAAUCUAUUCUUUAAAAAUACCGAAAACCUGUUAGACAACUCUCAUUUGUUCUUCAAUAUACCUCCUUACGGUGGUGGUUACAAUAAUCCUCAGAUAAACCAAAACCCUAACAUGUAUCAAAGUGGGGGACCUAAUAUUCAAUACGAGCCGACCCAGGAUACCAGAAAUAUUGGAGGAUUUGGGAAUUUGGGCAUUGGGCACCAAUCGUAUCCUGGAAAUUCAAAUUACGACUGCUACGUCAAUUCGGCAAAAAUAAUUAAUUUUGGUAUCCCAAGAGGCAAUGGAAUAGUUCACAAGGUGGAUAGGAUUUUGUACCCAUUGGGAAAUACAUCAACCGUUAGAAGAUUUAUGGAAGAUGGAAAAUUUUCCGAUCUAUCAAUUUUGAAUGGCUUGGGUAUCUAUGAUUCAAUUCUAAACGCACUGGAGAGGGAGGAUACUCAAUUCACAGUUUUUUUGCCCAGUAACAAAGCUUUUCGUGGGUUACCAGGUGGUACUAAUCCUAACUUCUAUAGCAGGUUAUUUCAAGCCCACAUUAUACCAGGAAAGGUUUUAUUUACUAGACAAAUGGCUGCAGGGGAGCUAUUCCUAACAGGUUUAGGACAACUGUCUGGUCAGCUAAAGCUUUACGUACAACCCAGGCUAAUAGGAGGAUCCCCUCUUCCCUGGCUGCCUCCUGCUUCUUUCAAUUCUGCUUGCGAUCCUAAAUACGGAAAUCCCGCUAUGUGCAAUGCUGAUAGAAGUUAUAACCCAUUCCCGAUUAAUUCUCCUUCGCUAAACGCUAAUCCUAACUUACAUAAUGGUCAAUCCCAUUUCAAUAAUCCACAAAAUAAUGAUAGACAAGGUAGUCAAGGGAUAUACAGUACACGAUUUCAGGACUCUUUAACGCCUCGGCCUUUCGAUCUGAAUCUAAAUAGAUACAACCUUCAACCAUAUCCGAAUUCUCAGGAUAAUUCGUAUAGGACAAAUCAAAAUUUAGGCUAUGGUGGUUCAAUUUUGGCACCUCAAUCUCAACAGCGCAAUAGAAAUUAUCGCUCCAUUUUAGAUCCUUCAAAGGAUUCCUUUUUAAACGAGUCAGAUAAUGAAAAUAGGAAUAAAAAACGAACGUUGACUAACUAUGGAGAAAAUAGGAAUGCAAGAGAAUAUCCUAGUUUAAUCUCUGAUCGCCGAUCAUCUGGAGCAGCUAUUACUCCAAGCCAAGGAUUGAGACAGUUGUCUUAUAGAGUUGAUAGCUCUAGACAAAACUUUGGGCAAAACAGACCACAUUAUCAAUCAUAUGGCGCAGAGACCAGCAAUCAAUAUAACGAUAGAUUGCAGCAAUAUGCCCCAGGUUACGAUAAUUCUAUGAACAAUCCUCUUUACAUGCCAAGUGGAUUUCAAGCAAAUUCUUAUGACUAUUUGCCUUUAGAAUAUCAUGUUGUGAGCGAAUCGAGAACCAUUCACGACGGUAUAAUGGAGGGAAGCGUGUAUGCCAAGAUAGAAACGCCAGAUAUUCCCCUGGCAAACGGAGUAGUUCACAUAAUAGAUAACGUUCUGGCGUUCGUUCAUAGGAGUAUGAUAGAUUUUGUUAAUGGUCAUCCUGAUUUGAGGGAGCUCAGAAGAUUACUAAAUGAUAAUCCUGAAGUUCAAAGGAUUUUAUUCCAAUCUAGUACACAUUUAACGCUUUUCGCCCCGACAGACGAGGCUUUCAAAAAAAUCCCACCCGAUGUUUAUAAAGAAAAAUUCAAAAAUAAUCCUAAAGCAUUUGAACAAAUUCUCAAACUACAUAUGGUUGAAAAUCGCAGAGUUUAUACGUACAGUGUCAAUAAUGACACGGAAAUACAACCCAUGCAAGAAGGGGAACGUCUAAAAUUCACUAUUUAUAAUCAUUUGAGUGGAUAUUGCUCUGUGAAGGGAGGCGGAGUUGUAUCCAUUAUAUCUCAACCAAACAUUGGGGUCAUCAAGGGAGUAAUACAUUUGAUUGAUUCUGUCAUGGGAAUUCCCUAUCUAAAUGCUUUCCGAUAUAUUCAGACCUAUCCACAAUUUUCUAACGCUUUCCAAUUAAUCACCUUUGCAGAGUUAUCUUAUGAAUACGACCAGAAUUAUGGAAAAUUCACAUAUUUUAUACCUAGCCAGGAGGCGAUUGUUCAAUUUAAAUACCAACAACCCGAAAAUUUCCAAAAACUCAUUCAAUACCAAACUAAAAUGAGAUAUAUGUUGCGAAACCAUAUUUUAAAUUACGAGCUGUACAUAAACGAACGAAUCACAGAGCAGCUGUUCGAAAAUAUCAACAAAAACAGGAUUAAAAUAACGGUUAACCCUUGGACUAGUGAGAAGACAGUGACAUACGGCACAUCCCAAGCCAGAAUCAUUCAAUCCGACAUUGUAGUUACUAAUGGAUUAGUUCACAUAAUUGACAAUGUCCUAUUCGUAGACUCAGACAUUCAAAACUCUGCCGUUACCAGUUUAAUCUCCCUAAGAAUGAUCACUUGGAUUCUCAUGCCUAUCCAUAUUGCUUACAUAAUCUUCAAAAUACUCUUGUAAAUUUUUCUAAAAAAUUAAGACUAUAGAGGUAUAAGGAUAGAUAUUAAAUAUUUCUUUUUAUUAUAAUUUGUAUCAUUUUGUAAUCCUCUUUUUUUUAUAAAUUAAAAUUUAGUUGAUUUUAUUGUAGACAAUCUUAUUUAUUUUUUCUCUAAGAAAAUCUUAUAAAAUAAUCUCACAAA